ACUCACCAGACAUGCCCAAGAGAUUACCCAUAGCAGACAUCCUCGCUGGAUUAGCACGCAGCAUGGGCACAGCCAUCCGUUACUGGCUGCACUACACAUUGGUUGCUGUGGCAUGGCUUGGGGUUGUGCCACUGACAGCCUGCAGAAUAUAUCGUUGCCUCUUCACUGGCUCUGUUUCCUCUGUGCUCACACUACCACUUGACAUGCUUUCAACGGACAACUUAGUGUCAGAUAUCUUCCAUGGGUGCUUUGUUGUGACAUGCACACUAAGUGCUUUCAUCAGUCUGGUCUGGUUGCGGGAACAGAUCCUCCACGGGGGAGGGCCAGACUGGCUAGAUCAAGAAAUACAGCAUGAGCAUGAGCCUCCUGGAAAUUUUGGAGCUAUCAAUCAAGUGAAUGGACAAAUUCCAGUGCCAGCAGCCAAUGAAAAUGUUGCACCACAGCAGCAGGAAGUGGCCAAUGACAACCUGGACAUCAAUGAUGAUCCAGCAAAUCAAGAGCUGGCUCCUGUCCCAGCAAAUCAAAAUAUAGGAGAAGGAGGCGAGGGUGAGAUCCUUCAUGAGGGAGCUCCGGGCAACAACAACCUCGACCCGGGAGCUGCAGCAGACGACCUGAACUGGAACCCCAUUGAGUGGGACCGGGCAGCCGAGGAGCUCACGUGGGAGCGUCUCCUGGGUCUGGACGGCUCGCUCGUGUUUCUGGAGCACGUGUUUUGGGUCGUCUCCCUCAACACUAUGUUCAUACUGGUCUUUGCAUUUUGUCCAUAUCACAUCGGGCACUUUACCAUAGUUGGUUUUAAGCUUAAAGCAUGGGUGUCUGCAUCACACUUUGAGGGUCUACUGACAGCAUUGUGUGGGUACUGUGUGGUUGGGUUAUGCCUGGUGCUACUACAUACACUGGCUGCAAUUAUCAGGCUUAACAGGUCGAAGCGUGUCCUAGGUUUAUGUUACGUUGUAGUUAAAGUUGCUCUGCUGAGUGUGGUGGAGAUUGGGGUCUUCCCGCUGAUAGGAGGCUGGUGGCUGGACAUCUGUUCCCUCUCUCUCUUCGAUGCAACGCUAAAGGACCGAGAGGUGAGCUUUAAGAUGGCGCCAGGCACAUCCAUGUUCAUCCAUUGGCUGGUGGGGAUGGUCUACGUCUUCUACUUUGCUUCCUUUAUCCUCCUCCUCCGGGAAGUGCUGAGACCAGGUGUUCUGUGGUUCCUCAGGAAUCUCAAUGACCCAGACUUCAAUCCUGUACAAGAGAUGAUCCACCUACCGAUUGUGCGCCACACUCGACGCUUCCUGGCCUCCAUGGUCAUAUUUGGUUCCACAGUGUUGUUGAUGCUUUGGCUACCAAUAAAGAUCAUUCAUGGACUAUGGCCCUCCUUUUUACCAUAUCAUAUUACACUCUCAAGUGAUACCCCAGUGAGUGAGCUGUCGCUGGAGCUGCUGUUGCUCCAGGUGAUACUCCCAGCACUGCUAGAACAAGGUCACACUCGAGUCUGGCUCAAGCUCUUGGUCAGACACUGGUGUGCCGCUGUGUCUCACAUUCUUGGAUUGAGAUCGUACUUGCUUGGCGAUGUGGCUCUUGAUGCUCAGGGAGGUGGUGUUGUGAUUGGUGGGGACACAGUUGGAGCUGCUGGGGAAGGUGGUGCAGCUGGUGCGGCUGCCCCUCCAGUGGAAGUAGAGCAGGCUGAUCCCGAGCUGGUGGAAGGCCUGGUGAACCCUGUUGUUGGAGGACCUGGAGGUGGAGAUGCCCUUGGAGGAGGUCUUGGUGCAGCUCACCAGGCGUUGCUCCAGCGAGAUGGGCCGACAGGUUUCCAGGCUUAUGUACGGCCGAGAUGGUUUGGUGUGCGUAUCUUGGGCCUGGUGGUCAUGAUGUGUGUGAGCCUGACAGCAGCAUCCAUUAUAUGUUUGACGCUUCCAGUCUUAGUGGGUCGUCAGUGCAUGUAUCUUGCUCUUGGUGACACCAAAGUUCAUGAAUUAUACACCGGUGCAUGUGGUUUGUACCUGUGUUUGCUCAGUAUUCGAGGCAUCACUCUCCUCAUCUCCUGGAUAAUGCUGGGAUGGUCCCAAGUCAUCCUGCGCUUGAAGCAAUGGGGCAUCAUGGGCACCAAGGCACUAGUGGCGCUAGUGGUCGUGGCGGUAAUUGUGCCGUUGAUGGUGGGCGUUCUCAUGGAGUUGGUCAUCGUUAUACCUCUGAGAGUUCCCCUCCAUCAGACGCCCAUCAUCUUCCUCUGGCAGGACUGGGCCCUUGGCGUCCUGUACACAAAAAUCAUGUGUGCACUGGUCAUGAUGGGUCCAAACUGGUGGCUCAAGACAAAUCUGGAACAUAUCUACUUGGGUGGAGUGCGUGGUCUGGACCUGAACCUCCUUGUGGGCCAGACGGCACUUCCAGUUAUUGCAAGCCUUGGUGCCUGUCUCACCAUUCCCUAUGUCACAGCACACACCCUAGCCCCUCUCUUUGUACCCCCUAGUGCACUGGUCCUGGUGGAGCGUCGCAUAUAUCCUGCACUGUUGAUCAUAACACUGCUGUCUACUCUCAUCAUCAUGCAAGUUGUACAGUUUACCCGUCUCUAUGAACACAUAAAAAAUGAUAAGUACCUGGUUGGGCGGCGACUCGUGAACUACGACCACACAAGCACUCAGACCUCCUCCCCAAGGCUCGAAAGCGAGAUCACCCCAUUUGUCAGGUGAAGGCGACGGGAGGAGGAGGUAGACGCCCUAAGUAUGCCUGUGAGUGGAAGUUCUAUAUUUUGUCUAGGUGUGGUACCUGGCGCUUCAGAAGAGCAAGAAGAAGAGGAGGAGAAAGUUACACAAAAGAAAGAAAUAGAGUUCUGGUCUGAUUGUGUAAUGAUUUAUUGUUAUUAUUAUCAUCAUCAUUAUAAUUAUUAUUAUUAUUAAUCUUUGUAAAUAUAUUCUCAUGGUCUGAGUAAGUCAUUUAGGUACCUUGUCUCAUACUUCAAAACCCAAGUAUUCAGUGUGUAAUAUUUGUCUGAGGCGAGAUGCAUGUACCCUCCAGGAAGUAUGUGGGUUAGGCUUUCCUGGGUAGAUGAGCGUUAGUUUGUCUGAUGGAAAUUUAACGACGGGUAGGGAAGAUUUAUGGUAAGUAAAAAGGACGCUUAUGUUUAUAUAUUAUUUCGCAUACAAUAACUUUGAAGGGAUUUUAGUUACUGUCUAGAUUGCAUAUGAUAUUCCUUUAUGUGUAUGAUAUACAGUAAAAACUAUUAUCACAUGAAAUAGAUAUAUGUAUUUUAAAUAAAAGAAAGGGAUGGGGAAUGUAUUCUUGGGUGGGAGAAUAUAGACUUUUUGUUAUUAUUAUUAUUUUGAAGCAUUGGAAAUGUAUUUAUUUUCAAAGACUAUAUGAAAACUGUUUUAUAUGUAAAUAAUAUUUAAUAAAUGGACAUUACAUGCAAUGCACAAAACUAAAAGGAUAGUUUGUGAGGCCUUCUUGUAUUUAUUAAAUUAGUCACAAAAAGAGAGAAAAAAAAAAACUACACAAGUGUAAUGUUUCACAGUGUGAGUAAUAACACUUUUUUGUGAUGUAAGUUUAAGAAGAAAGAGUAAUUAUUUUGCUGGUACAUGAUUGCAUUAUGCAUUUGAGUAUGGAUAUAAAACUGAUACUAGCAGAGAGAGACGGAUGUUUUCAGUUGACACGCUGACGUUAUGUUGUCAUGAUCCAUUGCUUGAAGUAUGUGCAACUAAUCUGUGAUGCAAAGAGCAUUUAGUCAUUAUUAUUAUAUUUCUCUUUUUUCUCACUCUUUUAACAGAUGAUAAAGAGGAGGUUCACAUAUUAUGCCAGAGAAGUGAUAGCAUGUUUUUACUGUAUUGAUACAGCAGUCAGUUAUUACCUCAGUGCUAUGAGGUGUAUAUAUAUAUAUAUGUAAAGUUUGCAAUAAAGGCUCUUCAGGCAAUUUUUUGUACUUGUCUUGUGAUACAUGAAUGGUUUGCUUCCUUUCAUGAUUUUGAUAAUUAUAGUAGUGUUUCUGUGAAAAGAAACUUGCAAAUGUAUUUAUCAAUUUCCAAGUAAGAAAUUACUUUCAUUUUGCAUUUUACAAUUAGAAUUUUUUUUCUCAAAAUUAAUAUAUGCAGCAGCAGUCUUAAGCAGAAAUUACUUAAACGUAGCGUUACUUAACUUUCUGAAUAUUACUGGUUUGGUUUAUCUGUACCUUCAUCUAAGUGGUGAUUGAACAGAUGCUGAUAUAGUUUGUGUGGGUUUACAAUGUACAGCAAGAAGUUUGUGUUAUGCAAAGAGUUGAGUAUCACACUCGGUAAAGAAAUUUUAUUGCAAUAUUUUUAACAAGAUCACACGUGAAUGUUACCUGAUGACCAAAGGGUGUGUGCUUUGGGUUCUACUGUGCUGGAGGUUAUGGCUCUUUGAGAAUUGUAAAAUAGUUGUCCAAUCAUUAUAACAUCGACAGAUACAAGUGUGGACCUCUCGGUUUUUGUUUAGGUCAGUAUGAUGCGUUUUUUUUUAAAGUUUACAGAAAAGCUGAUCGUGUUUCUUUAAAUUGUUAGUUGUGUACAAGGAGUUGCCUAAGACAAUGGCUGGAAUAGGAAGUCGAUUUGAGGACGAAUAUAUGAGUAUCUAUGGCAGAUCAAUACCAAUGGAUCGUCAGGUGCACAAGGAAUGAUUUCACCAACUACAUUGUGUACAGGUAGUUACUUCCUUCUUAUCCAGAGAAGUGCAUGUAGUGUGUGUGUCCGUUUCUCUCUUGGAGUUACUAUUUGCACAGUUUUCUCCUGGGUAAGACUCAUGGCAGACCGAAUAAAAAUGCAGGAAAGUAUAUAUUCUACAAUUUACUGGUAUGCAUCUCGCUGUGUAGUCUUUUCUUUGCCAACUAGAAGAAAGAAAACGAAAGAACAAAAAAAAAAAGUAAUAAUAAAAAUUGUAGUGAGGAAAAAGUUUUAAAUAACAUAGUCUAAAUAAUGUAGUCUGUUUCUAUUUUGCAUUCAAAACAAGAAGGAAGGUCACCUCUCAGAACCCAGUUUGGUUAGUUAAUUUAUAGUUGGUCAGUGAAAAUGCAAGCGGGGAAAAAAAAAGGUGUGUGUGCAUACGUUACUAAUUUCCCUCUCAUAACGUAAUGUAUUAUUUUUUCACCAGCAUGUACAGUUUCAGAUGUAAAUAUCAUUAUAUCAUCUGCCUGGUGUGGAAGAAUGUAUAAAAGGAGAUUUUUUCUUUAUCAAAUAAAUGUUCACAAUUUUAAA